AUGGCUCUCUUCUCCGAAGUGUUAAACUUGAAAGUGUUGGCCACUGAAAUUCAAGCUCAUGUUGCAUGCUUCCCCUUUGAUGACCAUAACUGUCCCCCUAUUCAGCUUAUAUCAUCAUUUUGUCAAAGUGCCUACUCGUGGUUGAAAGAAGACAUUUUAAAUGUGGUCGUUGUUCACUGUAAAGCUGGUAUGGCGAGAACAGGAUUAAUGAUUUGUAGCCUUCUUUUAUUCCUUAAGUUCUUCCCAACAGCUGAGGAGGCCAUUGAUUAUUACAACCAGAAAAGAUGCACAGAUGGGAAAGCUCUAGUUCUCCCAAGUCAGAUUAGGUAUGUCAAAUACUUUGAACGGAUCUUAACAUAUUUUAAUGGAGAAAUUCAGCCUGGGCGUAGGUGCAUGCUUAGAGGAUUUCGGCUUCACCAAUGCCCUUAUUGGAUUAGACCCUCUAUUACAAUCUCUAAUCAUAGUGGAAUUCUGUUCUCGACAAGAACGCAUCCGAAAACUAAGGAUUUAAUGCCAGAAGAUUUCUGGAUUAAAGCACCAAAGAAAGGGAUUUUGGUCUUUGCUUUGCCAGGGGAGCCUGGUCUGACAGAAUUGGUAGGGGAUUUUAAAAUUCAGUUUCAUGAUCGACAGGGAGACUUCUACUGUUGGUUAAAUACGACAAUGACUGAGAACAGGAAAAUAUUGGAUGCUUCUGAACUUGAUGGUUUUGACAAGAGAAACUUGCCUUCUCCUGGAUUCCAAGUUGAGGUCGUGAUGAUAGACUAUGAUGGUACUUUACCUACAAGAUCCAAACCUGAUUCUUCCAGCAAGAGAUCUGAUGGUAGCUCAAAUUAUGUUUCGGGUCCAACUGGCGGGGUUGCAACUAAUUCCAAUCAACGUGAAGUGACUGGAAAUGAAGACAAUGAUAAUGUAUUCUCAGACAGUGAUGGAGAAGAGACUGGAGCUUCAAAGAACCGAAAAGCUGGUGUUGGUUCUGGAGGGGAAUCUGCAGCCCAUGGAGUAGGAUCUAAGAGCCAGGCAGGGAGUGUGUCAGAGGGGACUGGACAAUUGUCUCAGAAAAGUAAGAAACCAAGUAAAGAACCAAAUAUUGAUGGGAUUAAACAACCUGCACCUGGCCAGAUUCCAUAUAUAGCUUCCGCAGGGGCAAGUGAUAUCAGGGCAAUUGCUGCUGAUGCUUCAGUUUUCAGCUUUGGGGAUAAUGAAGAUUAUGAAAGUGAGUGAAGUCUAUAAUUGUAUGAAAAACACUUGUACAUAAGCUCCUCGUGAACAAAAUGAUUUGAUUGUUGAGGAAUUUGUUCAUUAAAUUUAUCAUUUUCAUUUUUAAUGUUGUUCAUACAACAAAGCACAGUUUCCACAUGGCUCUCUUCUCCGAAGUGUUGAAACUUGAAAGGUGUU